CAUUAUUGUUGUUGUUACCGCGGAGUACGGACGUUUCUAUGCGGGUGCGCAGCGUGUACUAAAAAUUGUUUCAUUCAACCAAAGUCAACUCAAAUAAUUCGUAAAAAUACGCGUUGCCAUCAAUUGUUGUUGUUGCAUACAAGCAACAGCAUUCGUUGCCUGUGUGUGUGUUUUCCUUGCUCCCAGUUGGAUUGGUGCGCGCGUCGCUUAAAAUCGGAUUCGUCGCUAAACAGUUGAAUAUUUAAAAGUUUUGCCCGCUUUGCAAUUGGUGAAAAAAAGUGUUUGUGUGUGUGUUGAAAAAGGCGACAGCAAACCAGUUAUAUAUAUAGAUUUAUUCAAAUCUUAGCAGCCUUGAAGUGUUUGUUUAAUGUUUAAAUCGGCCACACACAUUUCAACCCAACAAUAAUUUCAAAUUCUUAAGCUGUUUUAGGCUGCCGAUCGCUAUGCAAAAUUAUUAAAAUUCGACUGUUUCAAAGUGUUGCAAAAUUCCAAAUAUUACAAAUAAAAGUCUGUGUGUGUGUCCCUAAUCCCCAAGCAAAAGAAGAAGCAGAGCAGAAUCAGCAACAGCAGCAAAAUGAAUAAAACCUGUGCGCGUUGCCAGAAGGUGGUUUAUCCCAUCGAGGAGCUCAAAUGUCUGGACAAGACAUGGCACAAAACGUGUUUCAAAUGCACAGAAUGCGGAAUGACGCUCAAUAUGAAAACUUACAAGGGCUACAAUAAAAUGCCAUACUGCGAGGCUCACAUACCCAAGGCCAAGGCAACGGCAAUUGCGGAUACGCCUGAACUGAAGCGCAUCGCGGAAAAUACGAAAAUCCAAUCGAAUGUGAAAUACCAUGCUGACUUUGAGAAGGCCAAAGGCAAAUUUACACAGGUGGCAGAUGACCCGGAAACGCUGCGAAUCAAGCAAAACACGAAGCACAUAUCGAAUGUGGCAUAUCACGGCGAUCUGGAGAAGAAGGCAGCCAUGGAGAAGCAGCGUGGCUCGGCAGAAGUCUCCGACAGCAGCAAUGAAUCGGAAUAUUUCUCUGAGCAAUUGGCAGCUGAACAAUUCUCGCAAUAUGCACCCACAGCCUCGCCCAUACCGCCAGCAACACUGCAACAACAGCAACAUCACCAACAACAACAACAACAGUACCAGCAACAGCAACAACACUAUGUGCAACAGCAACAGACUCUGCCACCGCCACCCAUACAACACCAGCAAUACAACACGGCGGCCAUAACGCCCACAUAUCAACACCAACACCACCAACAACAACAACCACAAUCGCAGCAGCAGCAGCAACAACUGCAACUACAACAACAACAGCAACAACAACAUAGCAACAAUCAUAGGCAGCAGCAACAGUUGCAACAGCAACAAUCGUUGCACGAUCCAUACGCACACUAUCAACAGCCGCAGGCGCUGCGCCAGCAACAGUUGCUGCAGCAGCAGCAGCAGCAACAGCAACAACAUGCCAUUAAACAAGCCUCACAUCUGUAUCCCACAGCAUCAUCGCAGCCACCACAACAGCAACAGCAACAGCAGCCCACACAGCAGCAACAGCAGCCGCAGGCGGUUAACAGUUACAAUCAGAUGCGCUCGGCAAUUUUGCAUAAUUCGCAUCAUCCCAGUGGCAAUGCUGCGGAUCAGUUUGAUCACAGUCAGAAUGCGGCAGCAGCGCUGCAACAGCAACAGCUGCAACAACAAUUGCAGCAGCAACAACAGCAGCUACAGCUGCAACAGCAGCAACAACAGCAACAGCAACAACACCAAUUGCAGCAGCAACAACACUCGCACAGCAGCCUGCUGAAUAAUAAUGCAAGCAACGGCAGCAUUCACAGCAACAACAGCAACAUCAGCAACAACAAUAAUGGCGGCAACAUCCUGGCACAUCCGCAUCCGGCCAGUCUCAGCUAUGUACAGCAACAGCAGCAGCCGCAGCCAACACGCUCCCAGGCCAGCCUGCACAGCAGCAAUAAUGCGGCAGCAAGCAAGCAACAGUUGCAACCGAGCAACACCAAUGUGCAGCAACUGUAUGUGGCAUCCAAUUAUAGCUCCAUAACACCAUCGGAGAACGCAUUGGGCGCCAAGUUGCAGGCAAGCAACGGACACAUGCCCAUUGUUGUGAGUGCCGCGCACAGCGCCAGCAACAACAUUGGCAAAAUUGCCGACUAUGAUCCGUUGACGGAUGGACCCCGACCGAUGCCCAGCACUGGCAGAUCCAGCACAACGCUGGUCUACAGCUCCGAUCAGCGUGGCGGCCCGCCAGGAGUGGGUAACAGCGUGUAUCCCAAACGGAUUGGCUCCAUCUCGGACAUUGAUCCCGCCAAUGGCAUCUAUGGCUCGCUGAGCAGCGCCGAUCAGGCGCUGGCCCAAAAGCAACAGCAAUACUAUCAGCAGGUGCAAAUGAUGCAGCAACAAGAGCAACAUGCGCGUCAGCAGCAACAACAGCCAACUGCUGCACUCCAGGAGAAACAGUCGCGACAGGGCAAUCUGCGCGUCUAUCGCGCCAUUUACGAUUAUGAGGCGCAGGAUGUGGAUGAGGUUAGCUUUCGUGAGGGGGAUGUCAUCUUUGAGGUGGAAUCAAUUGACUCGGGCUGGAUGACCGGGCGGGUGGAGCGUACGGGCAAGACCGGCAUGCUGCCCGCCAACUAUGUGGAGCAAGCGGUUAUAUAA